ACUUGAUAACUCGUCACAAUGUGGCUUCUCAUCGUAGCUACAAUCUGUUGGAAUCUUCCGCUUCCCAGCAACGCUCAGCAUUCCACACCAAUCGUCAAUAUCCAAGGAUUGGGAUCCGUUCAGGGCUCGAUAGGCCACACUACGUGGACAAGUCGGACCAUCUACCAGUUUCAAGGGAUUCCUUACGCUCAGUCACCGGUUGGAACUCUGCGUUUUCAGCCACCAGCGAAACGUCCCGGAUGGACCGGAACCCUAGAUGUGUCCCAACCAAGCGUACAUUGUCCACAAAUUACGGACCAGUACAACAACGUCGAGAACGAAGACUGUCUCACGUUAUCAGUUUACUCAAACAACCUCGAUGAGGUCCGUCCGGUGAUGGUUUGGAUCCACGGAGGAUGGUUCUUCGCAGGUGGUGCCAACGAGUAUCACCCAAACUACCUCCUCGAGGCCGACAUCGUUCUGGUAGUCAUCCAGUACCGACUGGGACCGCUGGGAUUCCUGUCGCUGCUGAACGAUCGAAUCCCCGGUAACGUUGGUAUUCUGGAUGCGAUCAUGGCUUUGGAGUGGGUGCAGCAGCAUAUUGGAGUUUUUGGUGGUAACGCCAAACAGGUGACCGUGUUUGGAGAAUCCGCCGGAUCGGCUGCGGUGUCCGCGCUGCUGCAUAGCCCACUGGUUCAGAAUCGACCAGAACCGCUGUUCCAGCGGGCGAUCCUACAAUCGGGAUCGGUUUUCUCCCCGUGGGCCAUGUGCGAUUCCCCGGUUCAGGGAAGCAUGGACAUAGCUAGGAGAACCGGUUGCACCGACGAAGCCACCGUUGAGCAGUGCCUUCAGCAGGCUCCGUUGAUCAACCUGCUUCAAGCGUUCGAGAAUCACCGAACGGAGACCAUCAAGAGCGAUGGCUACCCAAGCGUUGCUGGAACAUGUGUAGUUGUCGGUGGACCGUCCGGACUGUUCCCACAGCAUCCGAAACACUACCUCGGAAGUGCUCCAAAAAACAUCACGAUCAUGGCUGGAACUACCUCCCAGGACGGAAUGUUCCUUCUGGAUGAAAUUUCAAAACUGCAGCCGGAAUCACUUCACACGGCAAAGACUUCAUACGGAUUGUUGCAAUUCAUCAGAUUGCUUCAAGAGAAAUUCGGCCAAACCAAGUUGGACGGAACCCUCGAGACCUACCAGAUCAUGGGAAGCUUCCUCAAGUCCGAGGUUGACCAAGCUCAGUGGAAGGAUGUCGUCCCCGGUUUGAUCGAUAUCUGCGGCAACCACGGCAUCAAGGGCCCGGUGCUGACGGACGUCCACGCCGUAUCGGCCGUCAACCCGGAGAACGUGUACCUGUACAGCUUUGACUUUUACAGCGAGCGACCUAGGGCGGACCCGAGCUUUCCCUUUCCGCACAAGGGAGUGGUUGAGCAUGCCGAGGAUCUGUACUACCUGUUUCCGCGGACGGAGCUGAACGAGCGCGAAACCAAGAUGGCCAAAACGAUGGUCCGGCUGUGGAGUUCGUUCGCCACGGUGGGGAUUCCCGCCGCGAGGGACGUGCCGUACUGGCCGACGGCGGAUCGACUUUAUGGGCCAUAUCUGAAGAUCAAUGAAGUUUGUGAGCAGCGCAACUAUUAUUUGAACGAAUUUUUCGCCACUUCAGAGAAGUUUCGAACGUACGGAAGUGGAAGCAGUCAAUGCAGGAUUUCAGUUAUUACAAUUGUAUUGUUGGUUUUGAUCAGUAGAUUGCUCUAAUAAAUUAAAAUUUCAAU